GGAAACAUUUCGCCAGUUUAAUAAUUUGAAAUAAAUAAAUAAAAUCACCUCACAUCUCUCAAGAAAACUAUCUUUUAGUCCGCUACAUCUCACAAAGUCGACCUCCAAACAAGCAACCCUUCAAUAUCUUCUCCCCAUAUAUAUUCUCCAUCAGAGAAAGUUUAUCUUCAAUCCUUCAGACAAUUUACGAAAAUACAUCCCAAUCUCCAACAAACUCCAACCAACAACACAAGAUCACCACACUCAAAACUACUCAACCCAUCUGCAAAAUGCACGCCUUGCUCGGCCUCAUUCCCAUCUUCGUCCUCAUCUUCAUCAUAAUCAUCGGUCGCGCCGUAAACCACAUGCGAUUCUCUGAUACCAAUGCUCACGAUCUUGAAGCCAAUUCUUCUGAUUCCGAAAAAGAAGAAGAUGGCACUACCGAUAAUAAUAACAGCACCACUGUUACCACUACCACUGUCCCAAUGACACUUUUAAGACCUACCAGAGCUGUUCUUGCGCCGGAACGAAUUCAGUAGGAACUAGGUAGCGAAAUGGAGUUAUUAUGUGUUGCAAUUAUAUAUCUGUGAUUUGAUGGAGAUGAUUUUGAAGUUUUAGGGAUAUCAACGUGUAUGAAAGAAUGGUUUAUAGUAUUUCUACUUGGAUAAUGAGUAAAAGAUAAGCGGGGAUGGAAAUAUGAGAUUUAUGGUCGAUGGAUUCGGAAAUUGGUAUGAAGGGGUUAAUUAGCCACACCUAUAGUUAUUCA